AGCUCUGUGAUGUUUCACAAACACUCCGAUGCUUUUUUCACGUUCUUGAUUGUGCUGUGCGCUCUACAAUAUACUCAAGGGUGUUCUCUUAUCUGUGCGAAUGGUGGAACGAUUAUGGAUUUGUGUAGCACUUGCAAGUGUGCUCCCCAGUGGACGGGACACAACUGUUCAAAACCUUGUGGUGGCACUCUUUCUUCUUUCACUGGCAGCAUAAUGUCACAUGGAUAUCCUAACAGUUACAGAAACAAUGAAAACUGCAGUUGGAUUGUUGACGUGCCUCCCAACUUUACCGUCAUCCUUUCAUUUAAAUCACUACACUUGGAGAAAGAUCACGACUUUGUCUACAUAUACAAAGGAAAAACAAGAAAUUCUGAACUAGUUGGCACUUAUCACGGAUACGAAAUUCCUUAUGAAAAAAUUAUGGAAGAGUCGUUUUUGAUACAAUUCACAAGCGACAACACAAUAAAUCGAAAAGGAUUUUUGUUGAAUUGGGUGACUUACCGAGGACUUAUUCCCAGAUUUAUAGACCAUAGAGGUGACUUUGUACGUGUAACUAUUGCUAAAGGAAAGAAGGUUACUUUCUUGUGCAAUGUCAAUGGAGUCCCUCAACCAAAUAUUUUGUGGACUAAAGACGGCAUUCUAAUUGCCGGAAGUAAGAAGACGCUCUUAACGCACAAUGGUAACAAGCUCGUCGUCUCUCAUGUGAACGAAACUGAUGCUGGCUUAUACAAGUGCGAAGCAGGAAACUACUUGGGAUCAAUACAACGUAGCUUUCAAUUAUUAGUGCACGUUCCUCCUGUUGUUACUCAAACUCCUACCAGUAUCCAUUUUGAUUAUUUAUUCGAAGACGGUCAACAGGCGGCAUUUUGGUGUAACGUAUACGGCAUUCCUCAACCUAAUGUAUAUUGGAAAAUGAACGGAUCAAUAAUAGAAAAAUCAAACCGUCACUUUAUUAUGGGAAGACGAUGGCUGCUAAUUCGUCCUGUAAGUUACGCCACUUUGGGAAAGUACUCUUGCUACGCUAACAAUACAGUAGGACAUGUAGAGUCAGAUGCAGCCACAUUGUCGAUGGGAAAAGCCAUUAGCAAUGAUUGCUUUCGCUAUUUAAAGUUUCUACACAAUCCGACUGCUAAUAUUACUAUGUACCAAAAAUUUUUUAUUCGUUUGCUUUGGUUUUUUUGCUCGAACGAGCUAAUGGACUUCAGAGUUUACAAAGAAGGCGUUCAUAUCAAUUCGUCGAAUGACGAAAGAGUCUCUGAAUAUUACUAUCGAUCCGAAUAUGCAUUUAAUGUGUCGAGCAUACGCAGGGAAGAUGUCGGAAUUUACGAAAUUAGAGACGUCAGUCACAAUUAUUCUACAUUUACUGUCGUGGACAUUCAAGUGCCACCAACCGUAUCUAUAACAACUACAAAAAAUGUGUUAAAUACCUUUGACCACAAAGCUGCUUUUUCUUGCCAAUCUGAUGUCGUCUACCCCAAACCAUCUUUUGUUUGGUACAUAAACGGAGUGGCUAUCAUUAUGAAAUCGAAUAAGCACAAAAUUGUUAAUGGCUAUUUCAAGAGUUAUUUGAUAUUAAACUACUUUUCCAACAAUCAAUCUGUUGGCGGCGUGUACGCAUGCGCGGCAGUAAACGACGCGGGAAAGAGUACAGCAAGUAUUAAUAUGACCGUUCGUGUUACAGAAGGGUGGAUUGAGUUCAACGAAGGGAGUCAGUGUGCCUGUGGAUUAGAACACGGCAUUAAAAUUGUACAAAGAAAGUGCGUUAGACGUGGAGCCCGAUGUGUUGGACCAUCAGUCUAUGCACGAAAAUGUCAGCCACAAACUGGGUGUCCGACAUACGAAACAAAAGCAGCAACAACUACUUGGACAUCAACUAAAACUGAUCACACAACUACAAGUAUCUACACAGCUGCUGUAAAUACUUCACAAAAGUCGGUUAAUGCUCUUGACAAACGUCCAACAGAUGACAGUAAACAAACUCUGUCUCAAUCUGCUGCAGCAGGGAUAUCUGUAGCAGUGAUAUUCAUCACUGCAGUUUUUGCUCUUGCCAUGUUUUUCUACAUUAUGUGGCGACGUAAUAAACAAAAAGCACCGAGCUUACCCAGCCUAAGUACUACGUCGCCAAUCACGAACAGAAGCGAGGCAUUUCGCAAGAUACCACAAAACAAUUCCACCUCUACGGAAGAGACAAUGCCAAAUAAAUUGUCAAUUAGAUUUCAACCAGUUGUCACUAGUGAGACCCAUAGUUCUGGAAUUUCGGAAACUGAAGUGUUAAGAAGAUAUUCGACGCCCUUUAACAGUCAACCUGUAAACGUGAACCUGGCUUAUAUUGCAACAAGGACGGAACAGAAGGUGCACGAAGAAUCUUGUCCAAUAUACGAAGAGGCCAUUUAGUAUUGGGCGCUAUAACAGCGAACUACAAAAUGAUUGGUUUGUUGCAUGCUGCAGUGUUGUCAAAUUAUCAAUGAUUAGAUUAGCUAAGGCAUAAUUGCAUUUAUUACUCUGGGCGUCGGUACAUGCAUGUUUAUCGAUAUUUGAAAUACACGAUAGUUGCGCAUGCGCAACUUAGAUUUCAAUUACGUCCUGUCGACUUGUUGUAGAUAUGUGUACGUCU